AUGGCCGCUGACUCUUCUUCCCCGCAGAAAAAAACCUGCGAGUAUAAAUUCCACACCGAGUUCCAAUCGCACGAGCCCGAAUUUGACUACCUCAAGUCCUUAGAGAUCGAAGAGAAGAUCAACAAGAUAAAAUGGUGCAGGCGACAAAAUGCUUCACACUUCCUCCUCUCCACUAAUGACAAGACGAUAAAGCUGUGGAAAGUGUUUGAUAAAUCGCUGAAGGUGGUCGCGGAAAAUAACCUAUCUCAUGAGCUCACGCCGGCAGGUGUGAUAGGUGGCGGAGCACCACGGCCGCCGCACAUCAGGUUCAAAGAUGCCUCUGCCCUGAAACUGCCGAGGAUGACACACCACGACACCGUCGUUGCCGCAGUUCCUCGGAGGACCUAUGCCAAUGCCCAUGCCUAUCAUAUUAACAGUAUCUCCGUCAAUAGCGACGGGGAGACUUUCAUCAGUAGCGAUGACCUGAGGAUCAAUUUGUGGAAUCUGAAUAUUCAAGACCAGAGCUUCAACAUUGUUGACAUCAAACCAGCGAACAUGGAGGAGUUGACAGAGGUCAUCACCGCAUCAGAGUUCCAUCCUAUCAGCUGUAACUGGUUCAUGUACGCUAGUUCGAAGGGGACCAUCAAGCUGGCCGAUAUGCGACAGCGGGCCCUGUGUGAUGAACACCAGAAACUGUUUGAACAAGAAGAAGAUGCCUCGUCCCGUUCCUUCUUUUCCGAAAUCAUCUCCUCCAUCUCCGACGUCCGUUUCUCUCAUGACGGCCGCUAUAUUCUCUCGCGUGACUAUUUGACCGUGAAGAUCUGGGAUAUCAAUAUGGAAAAGCAACCGAUCAAGACGAUCCCGAUCCACGAACAUCUCCGACCUCGACUCUGCGACACUUACGAAAACGACAGUAUAUUUGACAAAUUUGAGGUGGUGUUCUCGGGCGAUGCCGAGAAUGUCAUGACGGGUAGCUAUAACAACAACUUCAUGAUCUAUCCCACGGACCCGAACAAGGAAACCGAGAUAGUAUUACAGGCAGAUAAGUCCGCGUUCAAGGCCAAGAAGGUUGGCGUCCCAACGCCCAUGAACAAGAGCGGGAAGAGGAACGGAUCGAGAGCCAACAGCCCGGCUGCGGGCUCACGCAUGAGGAAGGAGACGGACGCCGACCAGAUCGAUUUCAACAAGAAGAUCUUGCAUAUGAGCUGGCAUCCAUUCGAGGACAGUAUUGCCAUCGCGGCUACAAACAACCAUUGUAAUGUGCAGGAUAUCUGGUUAUGUUUCGGGGUUUCUGUUGGCGAGAAUGACGAGGACGAUGGCCGAACUCGUCAUGCCUACUAUGAAGGAGGGUGGAUAAUCCAUAUCUUGAACGAGUUGAAGCCGUGUUUGUCACCAUGGGCCCGUAUGCCCAUCUUCUUGACCAGCAGAAAAAGAAUUACAGAAUGGCAGACGAAUGUCUUUUAUGUAUUUUUUUUAAGCUUUUGUACCGUAUCAUGGUCCACAGAGAAUAUGGAGAGGAAUAUAGGUGGGGAAUCCACUUGGAGAGACGAUAAGAAACAAGCAUAUAAUUUUGUCAGCAGGCCCGGGGGCCAAAAAAACGCUAAUGCCCUCGGGGCGCUCCAGUUCCAUGCAGUAUCCAGCCAAUCAGCGCAUGCUUUCAUAGUUGUCGGAAUAACAUGCCUCCGACCCCGUGAGGCCCGUGACGCUAAUGUUCAGAACCGCUGGCACUCCUCUGCAGGAGGCCCGCCAUCGCACCCCGGCAUGGAGCAGCCUCGCCCUCUGGGAUCGUUCGGACAAAACCCUGGUCAGCAAGGCCCCUCGUCGCAACCGACAGGACCAGUCCUACCACCUCCAACUGGACACUCGUUGCCCGGUCUGGCAGAUUUGACUCAAGGACCCGGUGGACCACACCAGCCGCCUCCAUACGGACAACAUCCUCAACCUUCGCAUGGCGCCGGCCAUUCGCUUCCGGGCAUCAGUCAAGCGAUGCAGCAUCCUUCUCCUCAGUUGAACCGCGACCGCGAACGAGACUCGAGGGAGCGCGAAAUGCUGGAGAGACAACGGCAUGAGGAGAUGGCGCACCGGGAACGCGAACAGCGCGAGCGCGAACAACGGGAGCAAAUGGAACGUCAGCAGCGAGAACAGCAGCAUCAUCCGGUUCAGAGUCAUACCGGCUCGAUUCCCAUUCAUCAGCCCGUCGCCUCGAAGGUUCCCAACUCCAUUCACGGGCCCAACGGACUACUCAACAACAUCGGAGCGAGCGCGCCGCCGAACGCGCCGCAGAAUACCAUGCCCUCUGCUGGAGGCCCUGGGGGUCUGUACGGAGCUCAGAUGCAGCAUGGUGAGAAUACACCCCGGCCCUAUAUGCAGCAUACCCAAGGGCCUCCUUCCCAGCCGAUGAUGGGAUACAAUAGCUCUGCGCCCCAGCAAAUCCCGGGUAACGUGGCGGCUCUAGCUCAGGGACAGCAGCCAAUCUUGAAUAUCGCUGGGAGUCCUAAUUCAGUUGCUAUCAAAAUGCCUGUUACUUGCUGGCGUGAUGCCUAUCGAGAUGCGUAUGCUAUACCGGAUGAGAAGCUAAUGCAGCGAUUUGUUUUCCAGGAUGCGCUCAGUUACCUUGACCAGGUCAAGGUGCGGUUUGUCGACCAGCCCGAUGUCUACAACCGCUUCCUUGAUAUAAUGAAGGACUUUAAGAGCCAGGCGAUCGACACUCCCGGAGUGAUUCAGCGUGUUUCUACUCUCUUUAAUGGUCACCCUGCGCUUAUCCAGGGCUUCAACACGUUCCUGCCACCGGGAUACCGGAUCGAGUGCGGAACCGAAGAUAAUCCUGAUGCAAUUCGUGUUACGACGCCCUCUGGCACGAAUACGCUCUCGAUGUCACGGGGACGCCCUUCGAUGGAAUCCUCUGGCGAAGCGGGCCCGUCCAGUGGACUCGCGCCACCGGGACGCCCCGAUUACUAUGAUCAGUCUCGAGGUGGCUGGCAACAAGCACAGCACCAGCAACAGGGUGGUAUUACUGGGUCCUAUUCGCCUAGCAACCGUGUGAUGGGUGCAGGCAUGUAUGGGCAGCAAGCUGGCCAAAGUCAACCCCAGGACCAUCACUAUGACUAUCAGAACCAGCAAGAGCAGCAUGCUCCCUCGAACGCCGCUGGCCUUGCUCAUCAGCAGGAACAGCGGGGAGUUUCGCAACUGCAGAACGCCGCCUCAGCUGCAUCAGGGCGGCCUUCGAUGUUGCAAGCAUCUUCGGGAGCUGCCCCCGCGCCUGGCCAGCCCAUGAGUAACCUAGCGGGAGUGGGCUCGGGUGUCUUGCAGGGCUCGCAGCCAGAUGUGAGCAAGCGCGGCCCAGUGGAGUUCAACCACGCAAUCAGCUAUGUCAAUAAGAUCAAGACCUAUCAGCGCGAGUCCAAGCCUAUCCAGGAUGUGUAUGCUCAAGUCACUCAGCUCUUUAACACUGCUCCAGACCUCUUGGAGGACUUCAAGCAGUUCUUACCAGAGUCCGCCGCUCAAGCCAAGCAGCAAGGACAGCCUGGCCGGCCCUCAGUUGAUGAGGCUGCUCCUGUGAGCAACGUUCGUGGGGAGCCUUCUUAUGCCUCGGCUGCUGCUCAGUCUCAGACACCUAAUCGUGAUGUCAAAAUGCCCCCUCUUGGUCAAUUCAAUGUCAAGGAUUCUGGUAAGGAAAGCAAAAAGCGACGAGGAGGACCAGGCACCACAAACGUGGUGGGUGCUCCAGUUUCGGGGCCUUCGACCACUGUUGAGACAGCUAGAACGACUGAUAUGCAGUCCAAUCGUGCGCCGAGCGUCCAAGCUGGGGGUGUGAACAAGAGGGCCAAGGUUCAUCAUACAAAGCCGACACAGGGAGACACUCAGCCGAUUUCGCCUACCCUUGUCCCUGCAUUGCCUGAACCAAUUCCUCCGACCUUCUCUCUCACACCCAAUCAGGAAGAGUUUGCUUUCUUUGACCGUGUGAAGAAAUUCAUCGGUAAUAAGCAAACAUUCAACGAGUUCCUUAAGCUUUGCAAUCUUUACUCGACUGAUCUCAUCGACCGGAAUGUACUUGUGAAGCGAGCUGCUGGGUUCAUCGGUUCAAACCCCGAGCUCAUGUCUUGGUUCAAGCGUUUCAUGCAUAUUGAGGAACCAGAGGACAAGGUCAUCGACCUGAAGCCAAAGCAGGAGUCUGGCGUGGUGAAUCUUUCUCACUGCCGCUCUCUUGGUCCAAGCUAUCGCCUGCUGCCAAAGCGUGAGCGGCAGAAGCCUUGCAGUGGUCGCGAUCAGUUGUGCUACAGCGUGCUUAAUGACGAAUGGGCAUCCCAUCCGACUUGGGAGUCUGAGGAUUCUGGCUUUGUUGCGCAUCGCAAAAACCAGUAUGAAGAUGCUCUCCAUCGGAUUGAGGAGGACCGACAUGAUUAUGACCAUCAUAUCGAGGCCUGUACCCGGACCAUCCAGCUCAUUGAACCGAUUGUCCAGCAGUUUACUGUCAUGUCAGAGGCUGAACGGGCUAAUUUCAAGCUUCCUCCUGGACUUGGUGGUCAGAGCGAAUCCAUCUACAAGCGCGUGAUCAAGAAGGUGUACGACCGUACUCGGGGCGAGAAGAUCAUCCAUGAUAUGUUUGAGCGGCCAUGUCAUGUUUUGCCUAUCAUCUUGUUCCGCUUGAAGCAAAAGUGUGAGGAAUGGAAGGCCAGCCAGCGCGAAUGGGAUAAGGUCUGGCGUGAGCAGAUGCAGAAGGCUUUCUGGCGCAGCCUGGACCAUCAGGCGAUCACGAACAAGGGCGCCGAUAAGAAGUUGUUUGCAGCCAAGCACAUCCAGAGUGAGAUUCAGGCCAAGUUCGAGGAAAGCAGGAAUAUCCGCAAGAGCGGUUACCAGGUCCCUAAGCAUCAGUUCGAGUUUGAAUUCACGGACCCAGGCGUCAUCGUUGACGCGACUCAUCUGCUGCUGACCUAUAUUGACCGCAAUUCGGCCGGGUUUGGUACCGAUCCUCAGAGGGUGAUGGCAUUCAUCAAAGACUUUGUCCCGAUCUUCUUCGGCAUGGACCGCGACACCUUCCACAUGUACAUGAAUGAAGCCUCCAGUCCAACCGAUGAAGUCGACGAUGAGAGUGUGGCCGAAGAUGCUUCCACUACGCGCAGCCGCCGGCCUCUGACGAACAAGAAGCUGGAUCUGCUUCGUGAUGUGCUUGAGCGUCGGGGGGAGAAGAGUACUCGUGGCGACAAGGAAGGCAGUGCUGCUCCAGCCAGUCGUGACGCUACUCCCGAUGCGGUCCUUGUGCCAUCAACUCCUAUCCCGGACCCUACCGAACCAUUCGAUGUCGCUGAGCUCAAAUGGAUGGAACAUCCGGGACAGGGCAACUUCAAUAUGCAGCAAGAGUACACACUCAACCAGGCCUAUGAGAAGAAGGUGCACCAUCUGUAUUGCAACCUCACUAUCUACUGCUUCUUCCGCACCUUCGAGAUUCUAUACAGCCGCCUCCUCAAAAUCAAAUUACAUGAAGACGCUGCUCGUGAGGACGUUCGUCGUGCUCUCCUUCCAAAGGCGGCUCACGAUCUUGGCCUGAUCGACAAACUGCCAACCGACUUCUUCUACGACUGCGACCCCAAGGCCAACCUCUACCAGCAGAUCGUCCGCAUGUGCGAGGAGGUUGUCAAAGGGGAUCUGGAGAUGUCUCAUCUCGAAGAGACGUUGCGUCGCUAUUACCUGAAGAGCGGAUACCAACUUUAUAACCUGGACAGGAUGCUCGGCGGUAUCGCGCGAUUCGCUGGCGGCGUCUUCAACAGUGAUCCGAAGGACCGCAGUGCAGACAUUAUCAAUCUCUUCUUCAAGGAGCGCGACCGAGAGGAGACCACGCACAACCAGGAAAUCCAGUACCGCAAGCAGGUUGAGAGACUCGUCAAGGAGGGCGAUAUCUACCGUAUUACUUACAACCCUAGCACGCAGAAGGUGUUUGUCCAACUGAUGACUGCCGAAGACAGCACCCUCGAGAAUGAGGAGUUGAGCCAGGAGGCGCGCUGGUCGUAUUACGUUUCCGCCUACACCAUGCGCGACCCGACGGAGGGAGUGCCCUUCUCGCGGAUGCGGAUGCCUUUCCUCAAACGGAACCUGCCGCCGAAGAUGGAACGGGAUGAGGAGUACGAGCGGUACUACCGCCGUCUGGUCAGCCACGAUGGCCUGGUCAUCCGUAUCUGCGCGAACAGCUACCACAUCCUGUACGAGCCCGGUAGUUACGAUUGGUGGUGGCGCCCGGCGGCCGCGAACAAGGAGGAAGCGGAGGAGAAGGCCAAGGAGGAGGCCGCGGUCAAGGAGCGCCGUCACGACCGGUUCCGGGAGAAGUUCGUCAACAACCCCGUCUGGGCUCAUGGGCUCAGCAAGGAUGAGGUGGACGAGUGCAACCAUCGGUUCCGAUCGUGGGUCAAGGGCUCUGAGCCGGAAAGCACCAAGGCUGCGGAGAGCUCCACAGAAGCGCCGGCCAAGGACAAGGACGAUGCGGUGAUGGUGGAUGCUGAGCCUGCACCCCAGGCCCAGGAGUAA